AUGGUCAACCAACAUUCACCAACGGUGGCUUUGAUAAAGGAACAUCUGUUAGCAGUGCAGUGUUCCACUCACAUAACGCUUGCUGUUGUAGUGUUUCAGCCAUUGCUGGCGAUAGUACUGUGCUGCGUGGCGCUUGCCAACGGCGAGACGGGAAACAAGUUUAGCUACGAGGAUGGCAUCCUGGACGUGCGUUGCCCGCAGCACGAUAAUGCGAUGAAUCCCGUCCUGCUGGCGAUCCCGAACGAUUGUUCCAAGUUCCAGAAAUGCUUCAAUGGACGUGCCUUCACGAUCAGCUGUCCGCCGGGUCAAGAGUUUGGGCUGCAACUGCAACGCUGCGACUAUCCCGUAUUUGCGCGCUGCCAGCAAGGCUAUGUGCAACCGCAACCGGCCGGAUUCAGUUACGAUCUCGGCCAGGUUGAUACGCGCUGUCCCCGGUUUGACGAUCCGUUCAAGCCGACUCAUCUUGCUCACCCUUCCGACUGCAAGCGAUUCUUCAAGUGUUUCGACGGUCGAGCGUUUGAGCUCGAGUGCCCGAGAGGCCAGGAAUGGGGCGUGAAGCUAAACCGCUGUGAUUUUCCGUCUAUGGCACGCUGCGCGAUCGAGCGUGUCGAUAAACCGUCCCAAGUCGUGGCAGACCCAAAGGAAGUCGUCGCAGAGACGGACCCCAAGGAGGCAGCUGUUGCAGGUAGUGGGAAGGCCAAGGAAGAGGCUGUAGAGUACGUCAAACCAGCAAAGGCUGCAUUUAGCUACAAUGCCGGUGUGAAUGAUGUGCGCUGCCCCAAGUUCGAUGACCCGUUCCGUCCAAUCCAUCUUGCGCAUCCAACUGAUUGCCGCAAGUUCAUGAAGUGUUUCGAUGGUCGCGCGUACACCAUCGACUGUCCGAUCGGGCAAGAGUUCGGCAUCCGUAUCAACCGUUGCGAUUAUCCCCAGUUCGCACAAUGUUCUUUACAAAAGGAUCGCAAAAGCCUACGCAAGGCAGCUGCGCCACAGAACGAUGAAUACUACUACGAUGACUAUUAUGACGAUGAGAGAAUACCGCUCGAUUCGACCGAAUGGACACCGGAGCAGCGCGAAAUGAUCGAGGGCAUCAAGGAUGGGCGCUGCCCACCGACCGACGAUCCGGCAGAUCCGAUUCAUUUCAUUCACCCGAAGGAUUGUGGCAAGUUCUACAAGUGCUAUGACGGGCGCGCCUAUCUGAUCCUGUGCCCGGCCGGGCAGCACUGGAGCGUACGGUACGAUCGGUGCGACUACCCGAAGGUGGCAAAAUGUACCAUUCGUGGUAACUAA